AUGGCGCUCAGCGUCGGCGUCCGGCGCCUCUCGCGGCUGCCCGGGCGCGGGGAGCGGCAGGUCCAGCUCUGCUUCCGAGGCUUCACCCAGAAGACGAGGAAGAUCCGCUGCGGCCCCGAGGCCGCCUUCGGGGAGCUCUUUCGCUGGCCUCACUACGGGAAGCUCAUCAUGGGGGAGACACUGUCCAUCAAGGUCUACAACUGCAGCAAGGUUUUCAGUAACAGGCUCCUUGGAACCCUGGAGCUCAGUCUCCAGCACCUGGUGACGUCUGGGAGGCUGAUCCUCCGGGAAGCUCUUGUCGACAGGAACCAUAAAGCCACUGGGAUCUACAUUGAGCUGGAUUUGCACUACCAGCCUCCAGAUGGCUCAGCUGGGACCUGGGUUGAAGAUGACUUUGUCUAUCAGAUGACAGACAGUUCAGAGUUAAUCAUCCCCAACCCUGGGUUUGAGGAGCUGGAGGCAGCCGAGGGGCCGAGGGCGAGUGAGCUGGACAGGAGGGCGGCUGCGCUGGGCAGGAAGCUGGCCAAGGGCCUGGAGACCGAUGAGGAAGAGGAAGAGGAGGAAGAGGAUUUCUACGACGUGUCUGAGAUGGAGGUCUCGGGCAUUGUCUUCAGCCCUGUGAAGAGCCGCUCCAGACUUUGCUCCUCCCGGGACCUCUUUGCCACCCCGACCCCUCAGAGCUUCCAGGUUGGGAUCAAUAUCAUUGAAGCUCAGAAGCUGGUGGGGGUGAACAUUAACCCCUUUGUGAUGGUCAAGGUUGGAGAGGAGAAGAGGCACACGGCGACCCAUAAGUCAACCAACUGCCCCUUCUACAACGAGUAUUUUCUGUUUGAGUUCCAUGAACCCAGGGACAUCUUAUUCCACCGACUCAUUGAGAUCUCAGUUUUUCACUCGAAGAAGAUCCCGUUCCUGGGAAGGUGCAUUGGGACCUUCAAGAUGGAUGUUCUGACCGUGUACAGCCAGCCAGAUCACAGGUUUUUCCAGAAAUGGGCUGUUAUCAGUGACCCCACGGACACCCGGGCGGGUGUGAAGGGCUUUGUCAAGUGCAACAUCUCUGUCACUGCACGGGGGGACACUCUGGGCUCCCUUCCCACCUCCAGCAGCCGGGAUGAGGACAUUGAAAGGAACCUGCUGCUGCCCAAGAGAGUCCCUGCAGAGAGACCCUGGGCCAGGGUCUGCAUCAGGCUGUACCGCGCCGAGGGGCUGCCCAGCAUGAGCGCCGGCAUCAUGGGGGGGUUCUCCAGGAUCAUCGGGGAGAAAAAAGUCUUUGUCGACCCAUACGUGCAGGUCUCCUUCUGUGGGCAGCAGGGGGAAACCUCAGUGGAGACCAACACCACCGAGCCAGUGUGGAACGAGCAGAUCAGCUUCAUCGAGAUGUUCCCACCUCUGGCCAGGAAGAUAAAAGUCCAGGUGCUGGAUGAUGCCAACGUUGGUGACGUGGCCGUCGCCACACACUACAUUGACCUGCAGCAGAUCUCAGACCCUGGCAGGAAUGGCUUCAACCCCACGUUUGGCCCAGCCUGGGUGAACCUCUAUGGGUCCCCCCAGAACUCAGCUCUGCGGGACAUCCACAAGGACCUCAAUGAGGGCAUGGGAGAGGGGAUCUUCUACCGCGGGCGCAUCCUCAUGGCCAUCUCGGUGGAGAUCUUCAGCAGCCCCAGCGUGGCAGAGAGGAAGCUUGGGGACAAGACCAAAGGGGCCCUGAGCAAGCUAAAGCUGAAAAAGAGAAGCAAGAAGUCCAAGGAGAAAGCCAAAGAGCUGAGCCAGCUGCAGGGAGAGGAGGAAGCUGGGGGCUUUCAGGAGGCUGAGCAGCCCGAGGAGGUCAUUGUGGAGGUGGAAGAGCUUCAUCCCCUCCCCGAGAAUGCCUUGGGAAAGAAGGAGGAAUUCCUCCUCUUUGCUGCCUUCUUUGAAGCCACAAUGAUGGACUCCUCACUUGGCUCCAAGCCUGUCAGCUUUGAAGUCUCCAUAGGAAACUAUGGCAAAGCUGAAGAGGCCGUGAACAAAGUACAGAGAAAAGUGGAAAAAGGAGAAGUGAAAGAAGAAAAGCAGCCUUUGCUGGAGCCUGGUUCAGAUGGGGAGCUGGAUGCUGAGGACAUGGCUCCCUCCUUAGUGGCACUGAACAAGUCAGUGACGAAAAGCCAGAGACCUGAGCCCAUGGAUUAUGACAGGUCCUACAGCUGCCUGCCCAUGACCCACCAGAAGCCCUGCGUGUACGUGUGGAGUUACUGGGAGGACCACACCUGGAGACUCUGCGUUUCCAACUGGAUUGUCAAGCUGGCUGAGCGCCUGGAGCAGGGCCUGGAGGAUGUGGAGAAGCUCAUGAGGAGGCCAAAGGCUAAAGCAGAGGAGCGGCUGAGGGAGGUGCUGGAGGAAUUUGUAGCUGGGUGCAGGCAAUUCUCACUCAGCUCAGAGAGGAAAACCAUGGCCCAUCCCAACAACCUGGACAGAUGUCGGACAAAAUACCUGACGUACAACAUCGUCCUGUGUGCAAAGCAGGGGCUCCGCGCCCGGCGGCGGCUGACCCGAGCCAACGUCCAGGAGAAGGUGAAGGAGACAAGGAGGAUCCUGACGAAGCUGCGCUUCAUGGCCAAAGAGCCCCAGUGCACCCUCCCUGAUGUCCUGAUCUGGAUGCUCAGCAGCAACCGGCGCGUGGCCUACGCCAGGGUCCCUGCCCAGCACAUCCUCUACUCUGUGGUUGAAGAGGAGAAGGGCAAGGACUGUGCAAAGAUCCAGACAGUCUUUAUGAAGGUGCCUGGUUUGCACACGGGUGAGAUCUUUGCCAAACUGGAGAUCUACAUGUGGCUUGGGGUGACCAAAUAUGCGAAGAACUCUUUGGUGGAGCUGCCUGAGGAGUUCAAGUUCCUCUCUGAGAGUGGGCAGCAGGUGGCCCAGCUCUCAGGGUGCAGCCCUCCCAGCCACCUCAGCAGGGAUGAUUUCAGCUAUUUCCAGCUCCGAGCCCAUUUGUAUCAGGCUCGAGGGAUCCUCCCUGCAGAUGACAAUGGCCUUUCAGAUCCAUUUGCAAGAGUGGUGUUUUCAACUUCCUGCCAGGCCACCAGGAUGCUGGAGGAGACACUGAGCCCCAUGUGGAAUGAGCUACUUCUCUUUGACCAGCUCAUUGUUGAUGGGAAAAAAGAGGAGUUGAAAACAGAGACCCCCAUGAUUGUCAUCAACCUUUUCAGCCACAAUAAAUUUGGCUCCCCCGAGUUCCUUGGCCAGGCCUUUGCUGUCCCACAGGUGAAGCUGGUGGAUGAGCCCUACACCACCCCUGCCCUGCAGUUCUUUGAUAUCUACAGAGGCAGCAGGGCAGCAGGAGAGCUCAUUGCCACUUUUGAGCUGAUCGAGCUGGAUUACAGUGGCCACCUGGAGCCUUCGGUGCCUGAGGACGUGGAGCCCAAGGAGCCCGAGUACCUGGGAGACCCUCGUGCCGGACGGUUCAUCAUCCCCGAGGGCAUCCGGCCCGUGCUGAAGGAAUUCCGCAUCGAGAUCCUGUUCUGGGGCCUGCGGGACCUGAAGAGGGUGAACUUGUUCGAGGUGGAUGAGCCCCAGGUGAUCAUUGAAUGUGCCGGCAAGAAGGUGGAGUCCGAGGUGAUCGUGGCCUACAGAGAGAACUCCAACUUCACGGAGCUGGUCAAAUACAUGGACGUGGAGCUCCCGGAGCAGGUCUACCUGCACCCUCCCCUCAGCAUCUUUGUGGUGGAAAAGCGGGCGUUUGGGCGCACUGUGCUGGUGGGCACCCACAGCGUGUCUGACGUGAUGAAGUUCUCUCCCAAAGAGCUGGAGGAGGAACCAGAAGUCCUGCCCAAAGCCAGGAAAGCCUCAUCCCAGCGACCCCCCUCACAGGCUGUGGUGAACCUUGGCCUGGGUGACCCAGGUCCCAGCACUCACCCUCUGAGUCUUGUGAAGGCUCCUUUGAAGAAAAUUCCCCUCAACAAGCUUGGGAAGAAAGAGGAUGAAUAUGAAGAGGAAAAACCAGAGCUGGAAGAACUGGAUUGGUGGUCCAAGUACUAUGAGUCCCUGAAGGAGCUGUAUAACCAGACACGCAGUGAUGAGGAAGAUGCUGAGAACGAUGACCUGAAUGAUGCAGAUGGAGGGAAUUUAAACACAUGCUCCAUUGACAUGGAAGCAGAAGAUGAGGCAGUAAUUGAAGCUGAACCUGCACGACCCAAGAGGAAGCUCAUUGCCACCCUUCAGAUCUACAACUCUGAGCUGGAAAACGAGUUUGGUAAUUUUGAAGACUGGCUGUGCAUUUUCCCCCUGCACCGUGGCAAAGCAAACGAGGAUGAAGAUGGAAACGAGGAUGAACAUUUAGUGGGGAAGUACAAGGGCUCCUUCUGUGUCUACCCCACUGAGGAGGCUGGCCCAGAGCCCAGGGUCUCCCAGGGAGUUCCAAGGAACAGGCCCAUCAAGGUUCUUGUAAGAGUUUACAUCAUUAAGGCCACAAACCUGUCUCCAGCAGACCCCAAUGGCAAGGCAGACCCCUACGUGGUGGUGACUGUGGGGCAGGAGCAGAAGGACACCAAGGAGCGAUACAUCCCGAAGCAGCUCAAUCCUGUCUUUGGAGAAGUUGUGGAGCUGACAGUCUCCUUUCCCAUGGAAUCAGAGCUCACCGUGGCAAUAUUCGACCAUGAUUUGGUUGGAUCUGAUGAUCUGAUUGGGGAGACGAAGAUUGACUUGGAGAACCGAUUCUACAGCAAGCACAGGGCCAACUGUGGAGUGGCUUCUCAGUACAACAUAAACGGCUACAACGUGUGGCGAGACGCUUUCAAGCCCACACAGAUCUUGGAUAGUUUAUGCAAGAAAAACUCCCUCCCUGCGGCAGAGUACAGACAGGAGGAGGUUAAAGUGGACAAUAAAAUUUUCAAGAUCCCUCCAGAGGCUUUUUCUGAAGAUGCCUCUGUGAGGAACAAGAAAGGAAGGACAGAUGAGAACUGGUCAGUGGAUGAUGAACACAAGGCUUUGUAUGUCCUGCAGCACUGGGAGGAGAUGCCAAGAUAUGGGUACAAGCUGGUGCCAGAGCACGUGGAGAUCCGGUCCCUGUACAACCCGGAGAACCCUGGGCUUGUGCAGGGCUCCUUGCACAUGUGGAUUGACAUGUUUCCAAACGACGUCCCCGCACCCCCGCCUGUCAACAUCAAGCCCCGACUGCCUGUCAGCUACGAGCUGCGUGUGAUUAUCUGGAACACAGAUGAUGUGAUCCUUGAUGAUGUCAACCCCGUGACAGGAGAGCCUUCCAGUGACAUCUACGUGAAAAGCUGGAUAAAGGGUCUUGACCAUGACAAGCAGGAGACGGAUGUUCACUUCAACUCCUUGACCGGGGAGGGCAAUUUCAACUGGAGGUUCAUCUUCCGCUUCAACUACCUCCCGACUGAGAAGGAGAUCACCUACAAGAAGAAGGACUCAGUCUUCUCCGUGGAGGAAUCCGAGUUUCGGGAACCAGCUGUUCUGGUCCUCCAGGUCUGGGAUUACGACAGGAUUUCAGCUAAUGACUUCCUAGGCUCCAUCGAGCUGAAGCUGCACGACAUGGUGAGGGCAGCCAAGAGCUCAGAGCAGUGCACCAUCAGGAUGGCCCAGGAGAACGCCUCGCCGCGCUUCUCCCUCUUCCGGAACAAGCGCAUGAGGGGCUGGUGGCCCUUCACCAAACUCAGAGAUCUGGAAGAUGAAGAGAGAGAGGAGAGGGAGAACAAGCAGAAGAAGAAGAAGAAGAAGAGGAGGAGCCGCUCAGUCAAACCAGAGGAUGUGGAGUUCACAGACCCCAGUGGGAACAAGUACCUGCUGACGGGUAAGGUGGAAGCAGAGUUCCAGCUGCUGACGGUGGAGGAGGCUGAGAAAAGUCCUGUUGGUUUGGGCCGAAAAGAGCCUGAACCCCUGGAAAAAACCCAAGUGAGUAUCUGCGUCCGGCCAAAAACCUCCUUCAACUGGUUUGUGAAUCCCAUGAAGACCUUUGUGUUCUUUAUCUGGAAGCGGUACAAGAAAUACAUCAUUGUGCUCUUCAUUGUUGCUGUUCUGACCAUCUUCCUGGUUCUUCUCAUCUACACCAUGCCUGGGUACAUCAGUGAGAAGAUCAUCAAUGGAUAAAUGCUCUCCAAGCACAGGACUACUCAAAGGGGAAUGAAAGGUCCUUGGCUGCUGUCUGGG